GUCACGAUAAGACGUGUGGCUAAAUGGUUUAAAAAUUGCAUUUUAUUUCGAAAAAUAAAACUCAUUCAUUCUUAUGUUCUUUGGUAAGAAGAGUAAAAUAAUUAUGAAUGAAAUGCAACUAUGAGUGUCAACCGUGAUCGCAGAUAGUUUUAAAACAUUCCGUUAUUUUCUUUUACAUAAGCGCGAAAAAAAUUGUCUUUUAGUAGCUAAAGAGAGAAAUAAAGAAUUAUGCGUUUCUAUACUCUUUUAAAAAACGGUGGAUGUGCUAAGAGAAUUGGGGAAGAGUUUGCUAAGGAGCUCUUGGCAUGCUCGGACAAUUUUGACGGAAUCUAUAACAUGGCGUCUCAAUUCUCUAAUGAGUGUUUCCAAGCAAUUGGGUUUGAAUGUAACAUUUCAGCAUUUGAUAUUGAAAAUUUUAAAUAUAAAUGGCCGACAGAUUGCAACAUUUAUAUAUUUCCAUACAAUGCUAUUUAUUUUAAAAAGUUCGAGCAAUUUCUAAGCUUUUUAUGUCAAUCACUGCACGAAUUUCAAGAUAAAUACAUGUACUAUGAUGCAGCUUAUAUGGAGAAAAAUGAAAGUCCAAUAGAAUUAUUCACGCUUAUGUUAGCAGGUUGGUGUAAUAUUUAUAGAUGUUUACAAGAACAAAAUGAAAAUGUUGCUGAACGAUUUGAUGAGCCUCUUGCACGAAUCAAUUAUCAGCUUUUAUUGGGUGCAAAUAAAAUGCGUAUAGACUAUGGAGAUGAUUUACCACUACUCCAUAAAAUUUGUGAUAGACUAUACCGAAGUGCAUUAAACGGCAUAUUCUACGAUCAAGCAAUAGAUGAAAUUGUCAAUGGAUUACUACAGUUAUUCGAAGAGCAUUUUGAACUUUUUUUUAAAACAUCACCCGAUUCAUUAAAUUUUUAUAAUGAAGUUUUAAAUGUUAAGGAUCAUUAUAAAUAUUACUAUCUCGUGUACAGAAGAUUGGAGCAAAUGCUUCAUCGCUAUGCAAAUGAGAGCAAACUUCUAAUUUUAACGAAUUUUUUAAUAACAAAACAUAUGCAGACAGUAUAUUUUACAACAAUUAAGAAAGAACCAAAACGAGUUGUGAAUGCUGCAUUAGAGUUUUUAUAUACUUUAAAUAGCACGGUUUUGGAUGCGAAUUGUUUUUUAAAUCCCUUAAUUGAAUCUAUUUUAGAAUUGGUUUUAAAAAAUGGAAGUCGCCUAGCAGCAAAAGUUUAUAUUGCCAUUGUAGAUAAAAAAAUUGAUAAUGAUUCCAUAAUGAAACACAUAUUAGAAUUUAUUUUUAGCAAAUCUGUUCCUAUAUCUAAAAUAUCAAACUUGGUUACAAUAUUAUGGAUAUAUUUUCCCCACAUGCGAAACUGUGAUUUAUAUUUUAAAAUAUUAUUAGAUGAUAAUCUAAAUCUAAAUAUGCGAUUUUCCAGUGCACAUUUUCUUGUUGCGGUUUAUAAUAAAAUGUUGAACGAUUUUGGUAGUAUACAUUAUUAA